GAGAGAGAGAAGAGUUCUCCUCCGUGCGACGUAUAUAGUCCGCCGACCUGUUCAAUGACUGCUUGCGCUAUCAAUUUGGCCUUGGCGACAAUCGCGAGUCCGUCCUCAUGAAUUCACCUCGGCGUCAUUUUUAGCUCGCUGCCGCGGCGCACGCACACACGCACGCAUUCACGCGCGCACGCACGCACGCACGCCGCACGCAUACGCCAUCGCGUACGCUUGUGAUAGCCCGAGACUGGCUAUUAUGAGUUACGAUGAGCAGCAACGAUAACGAUUUGGAAGAUGGAGAGAUUCCAUCAGACGAGGACGAUGAGCCAGUCACCCGUGCAACGAAUGAUGCACCGGAGGUUGUCAAACCAACACCAAAGCCAGAUUCUGCAAAGAAUAAGAGUUUUGAUGCAAAGUUCAACAAGAGCAAAAAGUCGCAAUCUGCACAGGCAGCUAGUAAACAUGAUCGAUUUUCGAAGUACAAGGGUCCAACUGAAGAUUGGGCUGGAGAUGUCGAGAAAGCUAUUAAGGCUGCGAUGGAAGAGGAUGGAGGUAAAAAUCAGGAAUCGAAGACGAAGAGCAAGAACAACAGAAAUAAAGCUAGAAAAAGAGCACGCGAUGAACGAGAAGAGGAUCGUAAUAAAGAUCAGAAGAAACGAAAAUUAAGCGACGAAGAAAAUGCCAAUGAGGACGAAGAUGAAAUGCUGUUCGUACGAGGGGCCUCACCUAUUAGGAAGGAUUCUCAAGAAAAUAAUUCUCCCAGACGUAUAAACGAGCACGAGAAUUUUGAGAACAAUUCAGAUUAUGAGGAAAGGCCUAACAUAAACCGACACAGAGAAAAUGACAACAAACAACGUAACACCGGAGGACGUGGGGCCCGUCGCGGUGGCAAGAAUGAACGUGGCAAGAACAAAAAUCGACAAAUUCGAAAUGAACGAAAUAGUCGUCGUGCGCAGAACAAUGAUCCAGAUACAACGGAUACGAUUUGUGUAUAUUACAUGCAAGGAAAAUGUCAUAGAGGAGAUGAUUGUCCAUUUUCACACAACGCCUUGCCACCUAGAAAGAUGGAAUUAUGCAAGUUUUAUCUUAUGGAUUGUUGUGCGAAACGAGAUAAAUGUCUGUACAUGCAUCACGAUUUUCCAUGCAAGUUCUUCCAUACCGGUUUAAAGUGCAAUCAGGGUGAUAAUUGUAAAUUUUCGCAUCAACCUUUGAACGAACAGGUAAAAGGCAUUCUUUUGAAACACUUGGAAACUGCACCAAAAGAAAUUCUUGGUGAUUUUCCAAGAUUGAGUAGAGAAGGUGCUAUGUUAAUGAUAAAUAAUACUGCACGUUCUCUAGCUCAAGGCCAAGAUACGACGAAUCAAAAGAUUCCUAGUCUUUUCGAAUUAAAUUUAUCAGCACCCGUAGAAAAGACUGAAGAAAAAGAAGAAAAAGAAGAAACAAAUCAGCAAAAGACUAACGUGAGAGAGAGGAAACCUUCUGGAAAGAAGACGCGAUGGGGUUCGGAUGAGGAUAGAGUUCCUUAUGAGCAGAUUAUGCUACUGCAAUCUGCGAACGAACUCGGUCUUCAACUUCCAAAUGCUGCGUUAGGUUUAGCCACCCAGCAACAAAAGCAGUUGCAAAUUACACCAUCUCUAGAUUUUUAUAGUGAAAGAAAUACAGAAUCAAUUCAUAAAGCGAAUGUUGAAAAAACGAAAGAAGAUUUUACAAAAGACAUAGAAGAAGACACUGUAGAUGAGUUGAGAAAGAGAAAAGAUGUUGAUUUGAGACAGAUGCUGAAUGCAAAGAAACCACCAUCCAUUUACAGUAUAGCUGAUAAAGUAGCAAGUCUCACAAAAAAUAAAGUCGAUGACGAGAGCGAUCAAGAUGAAGAAUCAGAACUUGUUAUCGAAGUGCCAAUUGAAGAUGAAGACAAGGAAAAAGGAAAGCUUUUUGGAAGCGAACAAAAUGAACAACCUCGCGACAUUUCUUCCUUUAUUGAUGAUCCUGAAGCAGUGCCAGCUCAUUUACCAAAGAAGGCACAGGAGUUAUUUAUGCGAAUACAACAGCAGCAACGUGCAGCUCAGGACAGUUUGAAAAACAUGGACAAUGAUUCCGGUGCGCCUAAUACCGAUCAGAUCGUCGAUGAUUGGUAUUCGGACGAUGAAGAUGAUGAUGAUGACGACGAUGAUGAGGGCGGUAAUCUUACUAUAGUGGAUAGUUCGAAGGAUGAAAUCGAACCUAUUGAAAAAUCUCAGAAUGUCAUCAUCAAGGAAGAUUUUCAAUCCACGUCAUCCGCUUCCAACAUACCUCAACCGGCCGCUAUCGUGGAUAAAUUAGGCGAUUUGAGUAAAAUUGAUAUCAGUGCCGAAGUGUCCAAGUUACUGUCCACUCUGAAAGCUCAAAGCUCUACGAACAACAAAACACAGCAAGCAGGAAAUUCGAAUCAAGAUUUAUCUAAGUCUAACUUAGUGCAAGAUACAAGAACAGACAGUGAGAUGUCGAGUCCGAGGCGAUCCCCAAAUUCAGUCGCUGUACCUGUAUCCAGAGAUCCACGAAUGUCUCGAGAUCCUAGGCAACGUCGAGAGAUUGAGCAAAAGCCAAGUAGUCCUAGCACAUCCGAUGUGAAAAGAGAAUUACAAAAGCCCCUCAGAUUAGAAACGAGCAUUUACAGUUCCGGCAUCACCGCGGUGGACUCAAAUAUGGAUACUGACCUUCGUACGAGAACUGAUCAAGAUCUCAGGCGACAGGAUAUGGAUUUCCGGCAGCGUUUUCAGUCUGGCGACUUUGGCGAUACAGAUCUGCGCGUCAGAUCUGACGUGGAUCUGCGGCAAAUUUUGAGCCUACCAUUUAAACCGGCACCCUCACACAUACCGUGCACCGAGAUCGACGCAAGUAUCGCAUCGCAUCCACCAAUAGUGUACAAAGUCUAUGUAGUCGACAUACCCAGACCGGAUUAUACUGGUCUGAAGUUAACAAAGAACGAUGCACAGGUUAAGUAUGACCCACGGCUCCGCAAAAUCUUCCGCAUUACCAAACCCGAGCAACUUGCCGAUUCGCCAAUGUCGCCGCCACCACAGAUCAAACAGGAUACACCAAAAUCGCCGCCGCAAUGUAUUCGUUCGGACCCACGACGGAAAACUCUUGAAGCAGCGGCUUCUAAUCAACAAUCUUCGCAAAACGCAAUUAAUACUCCUAUAAUGUCUAAAGGGAUGCAGCCAAUGGAGGCGAUGGGACCCAAUAUGAGCCUGAGUCCUGGCGCUAUGCAAGUGAGACCUGGUAUGUCAGGUGGCCCACCGCCUGGUAGCAUGCCAGGUCCGCCUCAAGGAAUGAUGGGUCCGAUGGGUCCAAACCAUCCAAUGAACAUGAGCAGUAUGGGUCCGAUGAGGCCUAUGAUGAAUGCUGGACCAAUGCCACCGCAGAAUAUCCCGCCCAUGGGUAUGCCACAUGGCCCCGCAAUGGGUAUGAACGGACCUGUUCCGAUGCCACCUCAGAGUCAAAUGAAUUUCGAUCCACGAUUCAAUGCACAGCGUAACAACGGAGCUGGAUUGUUAGGCCCUGGGCCGAGUACCUUUGGACCAGAGAAUUAUGAAAGUGGACCGCCUUAUCCUUGCGGCAGCAAUUUUAAUAAUUUCACAGGACCUGGCGGCGGCGGCGGCGGCGGCGAUCCGUUUGGUCCAAAUGGAUCGAAUGGGCCCAAUUUUGGCCCUCCGAUGGGAAGCGACGAUUGGGGCAGCAGACAGCGUGGCGGUCGUGUCCGCCGGAGAAAUCGCAGCAGAACCAAUAUGGUGACCAACAAUUAAAAGGCGUAUUAGGAAAAAUAGACUGUGAGCACCUGAUGAUAAUUCUCAUGAUCGAUAAAUAAAUUCGCGUGUGUAUAUAUGCGUACAUGCAACGCACUCAUAACCAUAUUUUGAAGUCUUUCCAAUUUCAUUAUUUAUCGACAUGUUAAGAUACUUUCUUGUGUAGAUCUACAGAUUUAUUCCUAGAAAUCUAUACAAAUAUUUAUGUAAAUAUUUAUAUAAAUAUUCUUUACAAAAAGUUAUCUUUAU